AUGACGCCCGGUUCCCCAGAUGAAGCUCUUCACUUUCGAGGCAAGACCCUGACUCCCGAGAGCCCUCGUCCGCUACACAUCGCGGAACCAGCCAAUAUUCCGGUGCUUCAGAAUCAAAUGGACCCCGUCUUCAACGAUACUUCGACUUAUGAGAAGUCCGAGUCUGCUGUUGAACACCGCGCCCAGCUGCAUGAUGAUCUACCAUCCCACUAUGCCCAUUAUGCUGGGUCUGGGGGGGUGCAAGGAAACUAUGGCUCCGUGCAGGCUCCAGGACAAUUCCAAACUCAAACACAAGGUAGCUACCACCACUCUGGUGCAUUUCAGGCGGACGAUGGUUCGAUGAACAAGAACGUGGUUGCGUCUUCCCAUGCGUCACUGCCAUCAGACCAAUCUGCAUAUGCUUCUUCCAUGACCACUGCGACCACCUCUGCUGCGCAGGGUUUCGAACCAAACUCAUCUCUAACCACUGCUCCUCCAUCAGAUUCCGCCACCCAUAUAACUCAUCACCCUUUCCCCGAUCUCCCUCCCUCUGCUCCCCAUGCUUCACAGAGCAUUCCCAUUGCGAGCGAAAUAGACCAUGCAGCCUCCUCCUGGGCAGCUUCGUCGGCUCCACAGGAUCGCUUAGACACCCGCAACAGACCACAUAACACUGGUGAGGAUGGUGUGGAUUUCCAGAACCUCCUCGAUAAUCUUCCCCCUUCCUCUACCGCUCCUUCUGCCCCUGCAAUAUCUGAGGCCGUUCCUUUCGGGGACGCCUCUGCGGACCCUCAAGCAACUGAUGAAGCUCUCCAAUCUUCCCUGGGCUUGCCUCCUCGUCCCCCACCCCAGGAGAAGCCUUCCAUCCAUCCCAACUAUAACCCUAGCGAUGAUAUUCGCUCGUAUCAUCAACUUCCCCCUCAUGCGUCUAACGCCCAAGCCUCCUACUCUGCCCAGCAAAGUAAUUACCAGUCUAACCCCGCCCUCCCUUCCUUGGCAGCUGCCGGCGCUCCAGGGACCACCUCGGGCGUCAGCACCCUGCCCCCUCCUCCUGUGGCUAGUUUUCAGCAGUCCCCGCCAGCCACGGCGGAAGUGCAGACACCUUCCUCCCCAGUGUCCAAUAAGGCUGGGCGCGUGGAUAGACAGCAGCCUCGGCAAUCUAAAAGCGCUGAUGAUGAUGCCCCUUGGGGGCCAGACGUACAAAAGAAGUAUGACGAGUUUCUACAUGAUGAGAGGGUAUAUGUCACAGAAGGGCUCUGGGACCGUUUCCCAGCGGGAUCCAGGUUAUUUGUCGGCAACCUUCCAACCGAACGAGUGACCAAGCGAGAUCUGUAUCAUAUCUUUCACAAGUACGGGAAGUUAGCGCAGAUAUCUAUCAAGCAGGCGUACGGCUUUAUACAGUUUCUGGAGGCCCCAGCUUGCAAGCAAGCGCUCGACGUAGAGCAAGGAGCCGUGGUGAGGGGGCGCAAAGUUCACCUUGAAAUAUCCAAGCCACAGAGAAAUACGAGGCCAGGCCCAGCUCCUGCAGAACCUUCUCGCGCUCCGCCGGCCAGGCGUUCGAGGUCUCCCGAAUACAGCAGAGGGGGACCGUCGAGCAGUCGCAACCCUAGAGCUCCUACGGAUCGCUACGACCGACCAUACGAAUCACCGAGAGUUCCAUUUAGCGAUUUCAGAGAUGAGCCGACUCACCGUAGGCGCGAUGACUAUCGGCCUCCCCCUCGAUCCCCGUCCCCUCGUGGCUUCCGCGGAAGGGACGGAUAUCGGUCCCGGGAUAGAACGCCAGAGCGGUACGAUCGACGCGAACGACGCCGAUCCCGGUCCCCCUAUGCAAGGGACCGAAGAUACCGCAGCCCCAGCCCACGGGCCCGCGGGUAUGAAGGUGAUGUAGAGUUGCCAGUGCCCAGACGGGCUCCAAGAGAUGUCCCCGAGGUGCAAAUUCUCGUCUUGGAGGAGGUAGACCGAAACUUCAUCUUCCACGUGGAAAAUGCAUUCCGCAAUAGAGGUCUUCGAGUUGAUGUUUUGGUCUUGGGUCCCCGAAUCCCACUGAAUGCGGCCGUUCAACGGCAGAUCAACGAAGGUGUUCUCGCAGUGGUGAGACUCGCCCGUCCAAACCAGUUCUCCAGGAAGAUUCCUCUGCAGGUUUUCGAUCGAAGCGGGGGUGCAGACAACGUUCGAUUUAAUGAGUAUCCCGAUGUUGAGCCGAACAUUGCCGCUGAGAUCGUCUUCCAUGCGCAGUCAGUGCAGCGCGGCGCGCCUCCUACUCCAUUCCCUCCCAACCCAGCUUUUGCGGUUCCUUCCCUGGCACCUCCGCCUGUGCCGCAGGCCCCAUUGCCAGCUCUUUCUAAUCCCCCCAACAUCGCCAACCUAAUCACGUCCCUCGACGGACCUACUCUACAGUCUCUUUUGGGUGCGCUCCAGCAGCGGCAAGCAGCCGUCCCAACUGCGCAACAGCCAUUUUCUACCACGGCAUCAACACCCAAUGCCGGUGCAGAUCUCGCUAGUCUUUUGAGUGCAGCCACACGACACCCUGUUCCCGCGAACCCACAACAACCUCUCCCUCCGCAACCGUUCCCAAUCCAAGCACCUAAUGCUCCAGUGGUGUCUGAUCCCAACUUGAUAUCACUGCUAGCCAAGGGCUUGGGAGGACAACAGGCGCAAAAUCAGGCAACCGUUGGUCCUCAUGUACAGAACAUCAUGAAUCAAUUGGGCAAAUGGAAGCAAUGA